CAACUUAUUCAGCGUCCUCCCCCCCAAACAGACUUUCGAACAGGCCUUGGGCCACGAGGCCUAUUACUAACCAGACAUCUCUCUUACACCCUCUUGUCAGCAGUCAAAACAUAAGCGCACGCCUGUUAAAGGCAAGCUGUUCAACGCUAACUCGCAGGCUUUCGACAAGCAAGCUCUAUGAUACCGCGACAUCCAGUUUCGUCUAGGCCAUUUGUUCUAUUCGCUAUGCGCCCAGAAACCGAUCAACAAUGUAAAACCCGUUGAGGCAGCUGAGGUCGUCGAAUGUUCUUCCCAACACGAGAUCACGGUUCUACCGUCCCAUGCCUCCCAGGCAGGAUGGCCCUCCGAAGACGUUUACUUGGAUAACUGGUGAUCCACGCAGCAGACAGAACGUUUCUCAGAUACGUCGUCAUGCUGGACGGAGCUCUGCCGUCAAGACAGCUCUUGCAUCAAGCGCGUUCCUGAAGCAGCCUCCUCCGGCGUCGAGUUCAGCUAUCUCGCCGUACGCGGCGCAAGAUGUUUUCUUUCACAUCGAACCCGACACCACCACAACCACGUCACCACCGGUGCUCCACCCUGCUUUCCGACCAUCAGAAGGACUCAUAUCCUCAACGGCCGCUGUCGUACCUCCUGUCCGCAAAUUGACGAUCGAAGAGCUGGUCAACGCGCCAGAAAAGCCAGGUGUAGAGUCGCAGCGCAAGCCCUCCUCACCUUCUUCAACUUGGGAUGGCGACUUGAUUCAAGAUCAGAGGACUCCAGAUCAGGGCACUACUACAGGACAUCCAUCACUCAAAAAUAAACUCGGUACGACUCGAAGACGCCCUGCCCGACGCGGGACAAAGGCCUCUACAACCCUUUCGACCUCAAAGGCUGUCAUUCGGGCCAACAUCUCCAAGUGUCGCAAACCGGCACCAACCGCAUCUCAGAUAUCAUGGCGCAUAGCCGUAGCCCCCAUUCCGGCGACACUAUCCCACGAUGAAUCCCGCAUUGUACAUAUUCUCCUCCAAGCAUCCGCCAACUACUCGGGCCGCGUCGAAUGUAGCUGGUCGCACACUCUCCAUGUCAGCCCGACCACCCUCGACGAAACAAGCCCAAUCGAGAACUCCAGCGGCAUCACCACGACACCCGCAGCCCUUGUUCCCAUCAAUCGCAUCGACACUGCAUCCGUCCUCCUCAGCCGCAUCCUGCCCCGGUUGCAAUCCCUGCUAGACUCCGAAUACCAGCACCUAUAUCACGCCCUCGCGGGCACCCUCGAUACCUCGAACACCGACCUCAGCCGCCUACGCGCUCUCGGGGACCCUGUCUCCAGUAACUCCCAAGUCACCCUCAGUCCACACCAUCGGAUCAUCUACCUUCUCCUGAUACAGCUCGCGCUCAGCUCGACCUUACGCCUGCGCGAACUUAUCCAGCGCAGGUCCACUCCCCUGCACGAAAACUCAUUCCAUCUAGACUCCGACCAGACCAUAAGCCAGUCGGGUGUCCUCGCCUGUCUCCUCUCGCACUUUAUAAGCAUGUGGGAAGCCACAUAUGGACACAAUACCCUCCUGCCUGUCAACGGGCUGUUGGAAGUCGCAAAAGUCCUCCUCGCGCAGGGCAAGCCAUGACGCUCACACCACGGACGCGGCCACGAUGCAAUGCUCCGUACACUCGCUCUCGAAUACAGUAUCUCUCCCAGUGCACCUUGUCCGCAGUGAUAGUGCACUCUGGGCUCGAAUGUCUGCGCGCGCACACUGGGCCGGCUGUAGCCCUUGCGCAAGAACCACUGCCGUUGACUGAGGUUUACCGCUGUGGAUCGCGUCACAGUUGAGAUAUUCUUGAGUCCUAUAUCUUACUACCGCUUGGCUGGCAUUACAAGUAUACGGUCAAGUAUUCUAGCAUCAGACCACGAUUAUGUUGUAGGCAGUCGAAAGGCAUGAUAUCCGUGGCACAGCUUCCAUUAGGCAUAGUAUUGGAGAGAAAUGCAAGAUACAAAAUGUAUGCAUCAGAUCCGACGAUCCAG